AUGGUCACCAGAAAGCCCGUUGGGCCCCCGCUGUCUACCUCUUCCGUCCCUCCUCAGUCCUCCAACCCCGCCAACCCUCCAUAUCCAACAACACCCCAAGACUCGGCCAAGUCGACCGCGAGCUCGAACAGCAUCUACUCGGCAGACCUGAAGAACAGUCCAGCGUUCGAUCUGGUCGACGUGCAAAAGGCUCAGCAACGACAUCGAAGCGACUCGGACGCUAGCUCGAACGGGACAUGGGACUCUGACGACACGCUAGAUCGGGAUCACGACACGCCAGAAGAGACGGAUGUGCCGAGGCCGUUGAAUGUGCGAAGUAGUCAGCAAGCUAUAGACAAGGCGACGAAGAAGGAAGAGGGUAAAGUUAUGCUGCCGGAAAGUCUGAGGGUAGGCCCUCCAGCUGGUCACCCGAAACAGCGGACGUCGAUGGAGGGGCAGCGGUAUGAUGAUGAAGCACAAUCAAAUCCUUGGGCGGAGUCGGGUGUCACACCGCCUGCGGCGAACGGACGGCAAGAGUCGAACAAUCCGUACAUGCAACGGAACGGGUUCACGGUGGACGGGAGUCAGUCGGAAUGGCAGGAGGUGAAGUCGCCUCAGAUGCCCGGUGCUGCACCUCCGCCUGUACCUUCUGCUGCGCCGCCGCCACCACCACCUCCUGCAAAUGCGCAAGCUCCGGUGGAGAUGUCAGCAGUACAGUCGCCGCCAGCUUCCGAGGAGCAAUUUCAGUGGGAGUCCGAGAGGCCGGUGACAGAACAUCGGCCAGCGAGCUGGGAGACUGCUGAAAUACUAUCGGUGCCUCAGAGGGGACAGUCACCUUUCCCUCACCCCGCUGCAGCAUCGUCUGCGGGUACUGAUCGCCCAACCAGCACCUGGUGGCAAGACGGCCCUCAAACUGGACAACAGCCUAACAUUGACCAGAUGACGGCGCCCCCAUAUCCAGACGACUCAAGACCGCAGUCGGAGUAUGCACCUCCCCCAGGCCCACCACCCGGACGUCAAGGGCCUCUCAUCGACCACGAAGAGCCUGCAAGGCCUCCUCCGCCUGGCGUAGCUCCCAUCGACACUUCUAGGCCCGUUGCAGCUGCUUCCUCAUCAGCGGUUCCAGAGACACCGGGCACGCAGUUGAAGCAUCAACGGAAUCAGCACUAUCAGAUCAAGCAUGCUAAUUGGCUUGAUGCACCUGCCGGACACAGUGCGAAUAGCCGGCCGAACAUGCGACGGUCGCCGGUACUUACGCAGAAUGCAAACGGGCCGUGUCCGUUGCUUGCUCUCGUAAAUGCGCUAGUGCUCAGUACGCCGCCUGAGUUGGAUACCGCACUCAUCGAAACUUUACGCACCAGGGAGCAGGUCAGCUUGGGACUUCUACUGGACGCCGUAUUCGACGAGCUCAUGUCCGGUCGACGAGGCGAAUCAGCCACUCAGCUACCUGAUGUAGGCGAGUUGUACUCUUUUCUUCUGGCUCUACACACUGGCAUGAACGUGAAUCCACGCUUCGUCACACCUACCUCAACACCGCGAGGUUCUCUAGACGACCGCGCUGAACUUCUGAAUGGCGUUCAUCCCACACACAGAGCGCAGAGAAAAGCUGGCGCAUUUGAAGAGACCAGGGAGAUGAGGCUGUACUCUACGUUCAACAUCCCGCUUAUUCACGGCUGGACAGCACCAGCUGACACACCAGCGUACGAGGCCUUUGUCCGGUCGGCGCAGACUUUCGAAGAUGCGCAGAAUAUCCAGUUUCUCGAAGCUGAGCUAGAAGAUAAGCUGAAGUCGGAAGGCCUGCCACCGCAGGAACAACAGACAUUGCAGGAUAUCCAAACGAUCAAGGCCUUUUUGGAUACAUGGCCGACUCAGCUAACGGACUUUGGUCUCCAGACGAUAUCAGAAAGCUUAAUACCCGGUCAAUUUGCGAUUCUGUUCAGGAAUGAUCAUUUCAGCACAAUCUACAAGGAGCCCAAGCACGGUGCGCUGAUGACGCUGGUCACGGAUGCGGGAUAUGCGUCGCAUGACGAGAUUGUGUGGGAGAGCUUGGUCGAUGUGAAUGGUGCGGCAAGCGAGAUGUUUAGUGGUGACUUCCGAGUCGUUAGCCAUAACCAGGAUGUGAGACUGAACCAGGGAAAUACUGGCGGUGGGAAUGAGGGGUGGCAGACUGUUGCCGGUCGGAAUCGGAAUCACGGGAAACAGAACAGUAAUAGCUCCCUACCUCCAACGAACGCCCAAGCGCCACCCCUGCCCGGCCCACGACCCACGGCAGCCCCCGCAUCCUCCUCUAUCCCCGACGAAACUCCCCUGGACAUCCCCUCGUCCGAUCUUUCAAGAAAGACAAGCGAACAAGAAGACCACGACCUCGCCCUCGCCCUCCAGCUGCAAGAAGAAGAAGAAGACCACCACCGCCAAGCCGAACAACGCCGCCGCCGCGAACAAGAACUCUCCGAGCAAUUCCUCUCCAACGAAACGGAAGGCCCGCGACCAGCCGUUCCUCCUCGACGCACUGGCGGGCGAACGGGCGGAGGGCCUACCACUUCUGCUGCUGCUGGUGGAAGGACGACGACGCCUUCGGCGAGACCGGCCGUGAGCAGACCAGCGGAUAACCCCGAGGACCCGGAAGCCCCGCCGUCGUAUGAGCAAGCUGCUUCGGACCUCCCGUACCGUCCCGCGGGUUCGACGGCGAGCGGGAGUAUGGCGCAGGGGAAUCCUUUGGGGGCUUACGAUGCUCUUCGACGCCAAUCAGGUUAUCCUGGUAGUCCCACUAGUCCCGUAGCUGGGGGGAGUCCUGGUGCGGGCCCGGGGAUGGGGAGGAGGGGGCGGAGGGUUAGUGGGAUGAAUGCUGCGGGACAGGGACAGGGGCAGGGGCAGGGGAUGCCGGGGAGUUGGACGCAGAAUGGUGUGCAAGGGCAGCAGGGGCAAGGGCAGCAGGGGAGGGUGCAGGGCGCGGCGGGAGUGAAGGAUGCGGAGGAGAGGUGUGUUGUUAUGUAA